UCGGGGCGGGGCGCGGGACCCUCCCGGUGCGGCUCCCCCCGCUCCAGGCGGCGGCGGCGCCGCGGGAUGAGCCCCGCUCCUCUGCCGCCGAGCCCGGGGCGCGGCCAGCCCCACCGAUCCCAACCGUGCGGUGGUGCCGGCGCUGGUGGAAGAGUUUUGGGAGGGAGAUGAUGACAGGCUGAUGAAACCAAUCAAACAAUGAAGUAAUCAUAAAUCCCCGGUGCCGGCGGCGAGGCGCGGCAAAGGCGGGAGGAGCUGCAGGCUGGAGGAGCUGAGGUCCUAACGGAGCCACCCCAUCGUCAGGAAAAAUCUUGAGAAGCUGAAGCGCUGAAAGGCGGCCAAGGUCCUGUCUUCAGGGGCCGAUGGACGGAGCCAGCGUGGUGUGGACAAGGGCAGAGAAAAUCCUGCUAGGAGAAGAGUGUGGAGGGCACAGAGGAGGGCGGCAGGAGAGGAGAGCGGUGGCUCCAUGGGGAGUGGCUGCCACGCAUCCCUCAGGAGGACCGCGAGAGCUGCACGAGGAGAGAUCCCAGGCACUGCUUCAUUUGCUCUUUCCAAAUUUGCCUGUGAAACCUGAAUCUUCAAGGCUGAAGAAGCUCAUCACAGGAUCACAGCCAGGAUGGGAGAUGGUUCCUGCUGCAGGGAAUGCUACGGAUGGGUCUGACCUCCUGCAGAUGAGAUAUCCCUACUGGGAGAGCAGCUCCUACCAACUGGGAGCCUGCGUGUUUCUGUGUGUUCGUUGGCUUUGCCGAAGCUGAUCCUGGUGCCGGUCAGUGUGGUCCAGUCUGAGCAAGGAGCUGCGCAGCCAUGAGUGCGGGUUCCAUUGAGCAAGAGCCGUCGCGCAAGCUGGCCUGCUGCGGGGUGCCCCUCAUCACUGAGGAUAUGCAGUCCCUGGCCAUCCGCACCCUCUCGGGCACCGACAUCAGCAAGCACUACGACCUCAUCCGCGAGCUCGGCAAGGGCACCUAUGGCAAGGUGGACCUGGUGUCCCACAAAAGCACAGGCACCAAGAUGGCCCUGAAGUUUGUCAACAAGAACAAGACGAAGCUAAAGAACUUCCUGCGGGAGUUCAGCAUCACCAACACGCUCUCCUCCAGCCCCUUCAUCAUCAAGGUCUUUGAUGUGGUCUUCGAGACCGAGGACUGCUACGUCUUCGCUCAGGAGUACGCCCCUGGCGGGGACCUCUUCGACAUCAUCCCACCGCAGGUGGGGCUCCCCGAGGAGCUGGUGAAGCGCUGCGUGCAGCAGCUGGGCCUGGCCCUCGACUACAUGCACAGCAAGAGCCUGGUGCACCGGGACAUCAAACCGGAGAACGUCCUGCUCUUCGACCGCGACUGCCGCCGCGUCAAACUGGCCGACUUCGGCAUGACCCGCAAGGUGGGCUGCCGGGUCAAGCGCAUCAGCGGCACCAUCCCCUACACGGCACCCGAGGUCUGCCAAGCCGGCCGGGCGGAGGGCUUCGCUGUGGACACCAGCAUCGACGUCUGGGCUUUUGGGGUGCUCAUCUUCUGCGUCCUCACCGGGAACUUCCCUUGGGAGGCGGCGGCGGCUUCCGACGCCUUCUUCGAGGAGUUUGUGCGGUGGCAGAAGGGGCGGCUGGCGGGGCUGCCCUCGCAGUGGCGCCGCUUCACGGACAGUGCCCUGCGCAUGUUCCAGCGCCUGCUGGCCCUCGACCCCGAGAAGCGUUGUCCCGUCAAGGAGGUCUUCUACUUCAUCAAGUGCGACCUGAUGGCCGAGGUGCGUCGGCGACCUUCCUACCGCUCCCGCAAGCACGCCGGGGACAAGCUCCCGGCCGGUGGCCAUCGCCACGAGGCAGCCGGGUCCUGCACGCCCGCCCCACUCAAGAGGACCGUCCUGACCGAAGGGAGCGGAGCGCGUGGCUCCGAGGCGAGCGCGGCUGCCCCGGGGACAGCGAGCAGGACAGACGGACGGCAGGACAAAGGCAAAGGGCAGAUGGUCCUGGCCACAGCAAUAGAGAUCUGCGUGUGACGGCGCUGGGGUGGCACACGGUGGCCGCACGUCCCGGCCCCCCACCCCGAGGACAGGGAUUGGGGGGAUGCUCAUAGUGGUGGCAUGAGCUGGGACCGGGCUCUGGGUCUCCCAAAGCAAAAAAAGAAACAACAAAUGAAGAGGAAAAGGACAAAACCGGCUGUGCUCCGUAGCACGGAGGAUGCUGAGCCCCCUGCCCUGCCUGGGGGAGCCCCGGCCAAGGGCACCGCGCGCUGCCGGCGAGGACGUUGGUGCCUGCGGCUGCGGUGCUGCCCCUGCCAAGGCUCCCACCACGGUGGCACGAGGGUGUCCGAGUGCGGGGGGCUGGGGGUGGGGGUCAUUGCUGGGGUGGCAGCCCCCACCUGCUCUCCCCCUCGCGUGGGGCGAGGGAAGGCCGAUGACCCCGCGGCGUGGAGGAGGCCUUCGGGGAGGUUGGGGCGACUCACCCCCUCCCAGCAGUUCCUGCCGCUCUGGCGAGGACCGGGAGGGGAGGCGGGUGUUGGGUCGGUGAUGGGGAGCCAACACCCCGGCAUCCCCGGCUGCCUCCGUGCCGCGGGAGGUGCCGGCAGCCAUCGAUGUAGCAAGUGUCUCUGUCUGUGUGUUGUCGUGCAUGGUGGCCACAGCCGCUGGCAGCCCCUGCCCUGCCCCGCGCCAGCCCCGGGCACAGGGGCACUGGUCCCCUCCGGGCCACGGUGCCGGCUGACGGCGGGCUGGAUGCUCGGGGACAGGCUGGCUCUGCCGUGGUGGUGUCCCCUUGUCCCCUCUGCAGGCCUUUUGUACCCAGGGGAUGGCAAAGGUGGUGGUGGGGGCACAUCUCCAGGCCAGGACCCGGCGAGCAGGGGAGGGGGCUUUACGCGGCCUCCCGAGGAUCCCCAUCACCGCUCCUCACUGUCACCUCUUCCCCAAAUCCCUGUUUCCCUCCCUGGGGGCUGGCAGGGGGCAAACCCCCCCGGCUCAGGGGGUGGCAGGAGCUGCUGGUGGCCCAGUGGCCACUCAGUGACCAGGUCGGGGGGUGAGGGGGUCCUGGCUCUGGGGGCUCCCCGGCGUGGGGAGGCUGCGGGGCACCCCGAGGUGGCAGCACCCAAGCCCUGGCACGGUUUGGGCUUCUCUCCCAUGGGUGGGUGCCGUGGGGUCCCCCUGGUCCCCUCCGGCCCCCCAACUCCCGCACAAAGGGCUAUAACGCUAUUCAGCAGCAGUUUACACAGCCGGGGGGCGCCCGGCCGGACCCCCCUGCCACCGCCGCUGCCCCCGUCCCCACGUCCCCACCUCUGCCAGGGCCCAGGGCCGGGUGUAGAAGUAGCAUUGCCCCUACGUAGAGACGCUAGGCGCCGUUUUUUCUCCUUUUUGCCUUAGAUCCCUCGAUGUCCUCGAU